UCAGCAUAUUCGUUCGAUUCCAGAUGUUUUCUCUUUUCUAUGGUUUUUACAAAUAUUUAACAAAAAAAGAUGAGUAUUUUGUUCUUAUACUAGGAUUAGACAAUGCUGGAAAAACAACUUAUCUGGAGCAAGCGAAAAUAAAAUACUCUCAAAAUUUGAACAAAUCGAAUUUGCAUAGAGUUACCACAACUGUUGGAAUGAAUAUCGGUAGCAUAAUUAUUGGGCCAAGCAAAUUAAAUUUUUGGGAUCUAGGUGGACAAGAAGAACUUCAAUCAUUAUGGGACAAAUAUUAUUCAGAAGCACAUGCAAUUAUUUAUGUCAUUGACUCAUCAGAUACCCAAAGGCUUACAGAAUCUAAAAAUGCAUUUAAGAAAAUUAUACAAAAUCACCUCAUUAAUAAUUUACCAAUAAUGAUAUUAUUGAACAAACAAGAUCUAAAAGAUUGUUUAUCUUUGAUUCAAAUUAGAAAUGAAUUUAAUUCACUCACAUCAAACUUGUUAAUUAAUCAACACAAGUUUUUUUCCAUAUCAGCAAUAAAUGGGGAAGGAAUAAAAGAAAGCAUCAAUUGGUUAAUGGAUCAAAUGAUCAAAAAUAUAGACCUCAAACCGCCUCUUAACAGUCAAUAAAUUAUGUUAUAGAUAGAUUAAAUUAAUUAUAAAUUUAUAUUUUGUAAUUAUAUUUAUUUUAUUUAUGUAAAAUAAUAAAAAGAUUUCAUUAUAG